ACAAUUUUCCCGUUUCAGUUCCUCCGGAGAAAUCGUCCGGUGCGGAUCGGUUGCCAACUGAAAAACAUUCUUUCCUGGGUUUGGGAUUCUUUUACAUGUGAAUGGGUAGAAAAAGCGCGCGCGUGUUCUGGAAGACUCUAACGAAUUCAAACGGAUUUUCUUUUGGAGAAAACACCAAAAACAAAAAGUUGGCCUCCGAUGGAAUGAAAAAAAAACAACUUUUCUCCGGUUGAUUGAGUGACAAUGACGAAUCGGAAGGUGAAGAGGGAAUAAACAAACGGAAAAGCAACGUGGUGCGUAUUCAAACGUUCUUACGCGAGGAAAAACUGACGUGCGGUAGUAGUUUGGGGGAAAAACAGUGUUUUGUUGUGUACCUGAUUAUUGCCAUCGCAACCGAUCAUUAGAAGAAGCCAUCAUUAGCUAUGACGGAACGUUCACUGAUAAUGAAGCUGAUGAUGGUUAGAUCUUGAGAACUAGUAUGAAACUAGCUUGAAGAAAGUAAACACACUCCACGACAUAAUCGGACCGAAAACUUCCCCCGUUGCACGAUACUUUUAAUAAUACCUAGCAGCGAAAGUGGCCAUCAACGGCAAUUGCAGAAAUGCCUCAGCACUUGAACAAUGUGAACAGCCGUUUUGUCAUCAUUCCCCCUGGAGGGCUCCAUUAAUAAAGCUUAACUGGGCCCAGAGGGUUUCCGAAAAGCGUUUUUUUCCGCCCUAGAGAAGGUCCCCCGAAAAACCGCCACAAAUGUCCGUCAACUCGCUAGGGACCCACGACGAUAGUUUGGCGGUUCAGAAUCAGACCGAUUCCGACUUGUGGGAACUCCUCGCGUAUCUGCGUCACCAUCAGAGUGACCGACCCGGGGCGUGGACUCUCCCUUGGGAAUCGGAGACCAUAACGACGACAACGACGACGACGACGUCAACGCCGGAGCCACCCGGAAGUGUGGAAAGCGGAGGCGGAAGUGGCAGAGGAUAUCAUCCCCAGGGGCUGCAAACGAUGCGGCCGGGGGCGAAUUUACACGGCAAUGUCAACAUCAUGCUUGGCGGAGCUAUGCUAUCGGUGGUCAUAACCGUGGUCUGUUUCGUGUGCUAUUGCUGUCACCGGAACAUCAAAAAGCGAUCCAACUCAAUUUACCGGCAGCAAUGGUUGGAAAACGAAGCGAAUAUGGAAAUCUACAGCGUGGAACAGUACUACGACACACCGAUUUCGUCAAUGUCCACCAACAAUUACUCCACGGCACAGCACGGUGGCGGAGGCGGCCACAACGAGGGAGGAACCGGUUACUUUAUGGACAAUGUCACCGGUCACGAAUACCAAUCGCUUCCGGUGCACCCAAACCACCCCCAUCAUCAGCAGUUACUGAUGUCGGGCUCAUCGGGCGGUCAUCAUCAACAUCAUCAGUUUCACCAUCAUCAUCAUCAUCAGGGACCCCCACCAAGUUACGACACGGUACUGGCCCAAGACGAAAUGGCCGCCGCCCGGAGGAAAAGCUUCGACUUCGGAGGGACAAUGAACUUUGAUAGGAGCUCCAUGGAUGGGUCUUCCUCAGGGAGUGGGGCUAGUGGAACCGGAAAUGGUGGUCGCACGAAUCGUCACCUUUUGCAGCAGCCGCAGAAGGGUGUAUUUGUUGAUUUCGGGAACCGACGCAAGAGGGGGCGAGCGACUCCGGAUUUGGAGGUCAAUGACUUCAGCGGAGUUUUUGGAGUUGUUGUUCAUGAGAAUGGUCGGGAGGAGGCUUGCCAUUGUCACGUGAGCGAUAGUUUGCAAGUUUACUGCCGAAAUUGCGGUCAGUUUGUUGAUGGGGAAUUGGCACAAGGUCACACUACACGUGAAACAGAUUCAAGCAACGGAAAUUGGAGCAGGUGGACAGGGAAUCAUGUACCAGAUAGUAACGGAAACGUUCUCCAGCAGCUUGUACCUGCGUCAGAGACCGGAAGCUGCAUAGAAAAUUUACAACAACAAUCCGGAUUAACCGAAAUAUUGCAAGAUUUACAAUGCCAUUCAACUGCCAGAACCGGGCGUCCCUCACCAGCUUGCAUCAACAAUAACAACAAUGGACCACCGGCUGAUGCCCGAGUUUCGUUGAAUGGCAACGAGAAUGAAUCUGCCGCGGCCCAACAACCUGGAUCAAAUCGCGAGGACCCCCACCAGCACGUGGAGCAACAUAAUAAUAAUUGCAGUAAUCCCCGGCCACUACUGAACGGCUCCAUUCAGCAAAUGCAAACCGGAGCCAUCCAGCCAGUUUCAGCGACAGCAAACGACCUAUUAGAAGCCGCCUCUCAGGAACGGAAUGGCAAUAAUCCGACAACUACUACUGGAGCUGAUGAUGAUGAUGACAAUAAAUCAACGGUGGCGCCCGACAGUAAUAACAAUAACAACAACGACAGUAACAAUAAUGAUGACACCUUUCGAAAUUUGACCGAAACAUCCGGACUGGUGCGGUUGGAUUUGAGCCAGAUCAUCGAUCAAACGGGGCUGCCGACUUACGAGGCUGCCCUCCACUUGGAAUCGAGUGGUUACGUUUAGCAGUAACGAGGCGGCGGAAGUGUAAACCGGAAGUUGUAGCUACUUACAUUCGGCUGGAGCUGUGGGAAGUGAGUGAUUGCGCGGCAGCAAUCGGAUUGAAUAUGGGUUCUCAUUUUUUGCAUUUGUUGAUAGAUUAGAGUAGCUAAUGAACGAAAUUGAACAGGUGGCUAUAGGAAAAAAUGUCGAGGAAUUGUAGGAAUACCUAAAUACCACGAAGAA